UUUUGCCUCCAUUCCAUCCCCAUCCACUAAAUGCUCUUUGCCUUCCCCUCUUCCUUCUCCAUUACCUUUUUCUCACUCAUCAACUUGCUCUUCUCUUUCUCUUUCUCCAAUUAGGGUUCCUCUUUGUCUGCAGCGAUAAAUUCUGCAGGGGGGUUGGUUAGGUUAUUUUAUCAUCAGUUUUCCACUUCCCAAGGCAGAGCAAACCAACAUCCUCCUCAAACAUACACAGCUCAUUCAUUUAAGGGGAAAAGCAGUGAAAAUGGCUUCUUCCAGCUCUUACAAUUCACCCUGUGCUGCUUGCAAAUUGUUGAGGAGGAAAUGCAUGCCAGGCUGCAUCUUUGCACCUUACUUUCCACCGGAGGAGCCCCAAAAGUUUGUGAAUGUUCACAAGAUCUUUGGAGCGAGCAACGUGACCAAGCUCCUCAACGAGCUCCUCCCUCACCAAAGAGAGGACGCGGUGAAUUCCCUUGCCUAUGAAGCUGAGGCGAGAGUAAGAGAUCCGGUUUACGGCUGCGUUGGUGCCAUCACUUUCCUGCAGAGACAAGUACAAAGGCUCCAGAAAGAACUUGAUGCAGCUAAUGCCGACUUGAUCCGCUACGCCUGCAACGACAUCUCAACAUCCUUGCCUCAAGCACCGGGGACGAGAUCAUUUCAACCGCUCACUCCCCGUAACAGGCUAGCUGAAUUUAACAGAAGGAAUAUUGACAAUGAAGGAGGAGGAUUCUAUCAGGUCCCUGGUGCUCUUCCUUAUUCUUUUCCUUGGAAUGAUACCUCUUCGGGUGAUAUCAACGAUGGAGGAGGAGAAGGUGGCAUGUGAACAACCAAGAAAUUUCAGAGAGUAUACUAUGCUCCAUUUAGGGUUUCCUAUAUGGGGCAUAUGAUCUUGCUGGGAUGAGUGUUUCUUUUACAUUUUUAAGUGAAAGUUUGGUCUAUGGUUAGCCUCUCUAUCUUCUGGAUUUCCCUUAGUCUGAGCUAGAGAUGUCUCGCUUAGCUUUUCUAGUUUUUAUUGUUUGCCUAGGUGGUGGUGGGUGCAAUAAGACUAUACUGUUGUCCUACUAAUACCAGGGGGAUUUUAAAAUGUGUCAUCGGCAUUUACUAUAUAUAUUUAUGUAUUGUGGUAAUUUGAACCUAAAUAAGGGUAAUAGAAGCCAUAUAUAUAUGGCAGCUAAGCCUUUGGUCGCGUCAUUUGGGCAGAAGUAGCUCUAGGCAUGGGUGCAUGUGAAGCUGCUCUUCCUCCUCUGUCAUUGUUUAUGCUUUAAAGAAUAAGUGGAAUGAAAUAGAUGCAGUGUUAAGGUCCAA